CCUCCAAACCUGCAACCUACUCAGAGCUGUCAGCUCCAGUUCUUCUCAAGACAAUGGAGACAACUUCAGGAGUUGGUCAGAAUGCUAUGGGUCCUUUGGCUCCAAUGUUCAGAAGUGCUCUGUCCCCCUCUACCGACGAAAAUGAGGUGAAUACCAAAGAUUGGAUGGCUGACCAUAUUGGAUUUGAUAUGGAAGGAGAUGCCUACAGGAGAGAUAAUAUAAUGGGCAGUCCUCUACCAAACACCAUUUCUGAGGAAGAGGGUCAAGCCAAGAAGACAGCUGCAAUGUUAGAACAGUUUCUCAACAAUUCAAGUGAGACCUAUAAGACGAUGGAUGAAGGUCAAGCUGACCCUGGCAGCGCUGGGGCUAAAUAUCAGCUUAGUGAAGAGGGUCAACUGCAGCCAGUCAUGACCAGUGCUGAACUACGCUUGAUUAAAUACUACAACUUGCCUCCCCCUCCUCCUGGAAAAUACAUUCAACCCCCUCGCAACAGGAGUAGGGUAGAGAGACUUAGAUAUCUCUCUGAGAUAUAUGGGCAUAAGAGUAGCUUUGAGAGUGAGGAUAUGGGCUCCAUGAGGAAGUUGAUGAUCAAGAUCAACGUUGCUCUCCUCGUCUUCGUCGUCAUUGUUAUCAUCAUCUUCGUCAUCAUCAAGGAUACCCUCUACACCUUUGUAACCUUCAGUCUCCGGCAUUCAAUCUUCAACUAUGCUUAUGAGGGUAUCUACCUCAUCGCUGUCUGGAUAUAUGUUUACAGGGUACACUGUUAG